AUGCUUGCCAAGAACAUAGCCUUCUUGAGGAGGGAGCUGGGGGAGCUGGGGGAGUGACUAAAGAAAGAAGAGUUAAGAUUUGUUUCCCUCCUCACUCGUUCAGCGGGGUCUCCUCUAUAUAAAGCACUGAGCUGCCGCUUUAACGUCAGUCAAAAGUUACCAAUGACCCAAAACACACGGCCAAGGCAACAAAUGAGUGGCUCAAGAAGAAGCACAUUAAGGUCCUGGAGUGGCCUAGCCAGUCUCCAGACCUUAAUCCCAUAGGAAAUCUGUGGAGGGAGCUGAAGGAUCGAGUUGCCAAAUGUCAGUCUCAAAACCUUAAUGACUUGGAGAAGAUCUGCAAAGAGGAGUGGAACAAAAUCCCUCCUGAGAUGUGUGCAAACCUGGUGGCCAACUACAAGAAACGUCUGACCUCUGUGAUUGCCAACAAGGGUUUUGCCAACCAAGUACUAAGUCAUGUUUUGCAGAGGGGUCAAAUACUUAUUUCCCUCAUUAAAAUGCAAAUCAAUUUAUAACAUUUUUUACAUGCAUUUUUCUGGAUUUUUUUGUUGUUAUUCUGUCUCUCACUGUUCAAAUAAACCUACCAUUAAAAUUAUAGACUGAUCAUGUCUUUGUCAGUGGGCAAACGUACAAAAUCAGCAGGGGAUCAAAUACUUUUUCCCCCUCACUUUCCAUCAUAGCGCUUGAUGGUUUUUGCGACUGCACUUGAAGAAACUUUCAAAGUUCUUGAAAUGUUCCGUAUUGACUGACCUUCAUGUCUUAAAGUAAUGAUGGACUGUCGUUUCUCUUUGCUUAUUUGAGCUGUUCUUGCCAUAAUAUGGACUUGGUCUUUUACCAAAUAGGGCCAUCUUCUGUAUACCUCCCCUACCUUGUCACAACACAACUGAUUGGCUCAAAUGCAUUAAGAAGGAAAUAAAUUCCACAAAUUAACUUUUAAGAAGGCACACCUGUUAAUUGAAAUGCAUUCCAGGUGACUACCUCAUGAAGCUGGUUGAGAGAAUGCCUAGAGUGUGCAAAGCUGUCAUCAAGGCAAAGGGUGGCUAUUUGAAGAUUCGCAAAUAUAAAAUAUAUUUUGAUUUAUUUUAUACUAUUUGGGUUACUACAUGAUUCCAUAUGUAUUAUUUCAUAGUUUUGAGGUCUUCACUAUUAUUCUACAAUGUAGAAAAUAGUAAAAAUAAAGAAAAAUCCUUGAAUGACUAGGUGUUCUAAAACUUUUGACCGGUAGUGUAUAUUAUUAUCACUAUCAAAAUAGAUCAAAUUAUAAUAAUAUCGUAUGUGGAAUUAUGAAUUAUUUACAUGUAUCCGACUAUAAUGAUAUAUAGUCAUGCAAUAAUGUUUAUGAUAGGCUAAUGGUAAUUAUCGAUUAACUGUCUUGAAGAAACUCUGGCAACAUGUUUGAAUUGGAAAAGAAACAGAAAAGUUAUACAAAACUCUACUACGCAUUUCGAUUGCUCUGGUUCGUAGUGAAUUACAUACUUUGCGUUUUCCUUUCGACAUCAAUCGUCAUAGCGCAGGAUGCUUGCCAAGAACAUAGCCUUCUUGAGGAGGGAGUUGGGGGAGUGACUAAAGAAAGAAGAGUUAAGAUUAGUUUCCCUCCUCACUCGUUCAGCGGGGUCUCCUCUAUAUAAAGCACUGAGCUGCCGCUUUAACGUCAGUCAAAAGUUACCAAGUUACUCUGCUCUCUAGGACCGCAGCCAACGAGUACAGCUCCACUUCAGCACCAAAUUAGCAAACGGGAAAUACUGAACCGGCGCAGAAGCUUUUGGAUAAUUGCCGGAUAAACCAGGUGAUUGAGGUAAGCAUGUUUUUCUACAUUUAAUUAGAUUUAUUCUGCACCAUGUAAUUAUAUGCUUUUGGGUGCCACUGAGUUCAAACAGUUUACAGUGUAAGGAGGAAAGUUUCCCCAAAUAAUUGAUGUUCAGAUUUGAUAAGAAUAUGUUAAUAUAUUUAAAAAACAAAUGUUUUCUUUCAUCAAUGCUGUUGUAAAUGAAUUAGCCUGUCAUGAAACGCUAAACAUUUCAAUAUUGUCUUGAACAUUGUUAUAACACAUGCAAGUGCAGUGCUCCGGCCAUCAUCACUGUCCACAUUUCCGCUUCUGUGCUAUAAUGUCAAUCCCAGGUGUCAAUUCCUAGGGAGCAAUUUAAUGAAAACUGCAUACAGUAAGUAGCCUAUAUCAACAAUAUACCUGUUUUGAGUCAGGCUUACCUAGGAGUAUGUGUUGUCAACGUGUCCAAGGGGAGCUGUGUUGAUGUGUGACACUCCUGGGCAGUAGAGGACUGCAGAGCCAGCAGGUGAGAGUCCUCCAGGCUCCUGUAUAUGUAGGCAGGGUGGCCAGUGUGUGUGUGUGCCUGGCUGCUCUGUCUGCCACUCAGGUAUAACAUUCAUGAGAAUGAUGAGAAAGGCCCAGAAUAAAGGCUGGUGGAGGUUUGGUGUGAGAAGGUAGGCAGGGAAACAAAGAGAGGGCCAGAGGAGGGGCGUGGUGGGAUGGUUGGGCUGCCUCAGGCCGGCCGGCUGGCUCCCAUCGCUGGCUGGGGCUGCUUGGUGCUGUGACAGUGUGUUGAUACAGACCGGCCGUCAGACCUCAAGCCGCCGUUCCAAGCUGAGAGAGAGAGAGAGAGAGAGAGAGGAGGAGGAAUUGAAGGGUGCAGGGAGCAGAGCAAUGACUGCUCUCUCUCUCUCGCUUUCCUUCUCUCUCCCUCUCUCCGUGUCUCUCUCUGCCAUGCCUUCUCCUGCCGGCUGAUUUAGUAGCCCUGCUGUUUGUCUUCUCCUGGCCAAUGGGGUGGUGGCUGAGGCUGAGGCUGGGAGCCUGCCCUGUGAGCCCUGUGUGCUGUGGCAAGGAGGAUGAGAACCACACACUACCUCUUAUUCAUACUAAAAUCUUCUGUUUUAGUAAAGAACUCUGCAUCUCUGUCUCUCUCCCCCUCUCUCUUUAUUUGUCUUUCUCUCCCUCUAUCUAUUUUCAUCUCUCUAUCCAUCAUUCUCUCUCAUUAACUAAUAACCCUCUCUGCUGUAGUUCUUCCCUACUCCCUCUCUCCCUCUAUAGUUUUAGAUGGUGAUUUUGCAGGUCAGCCAGAGGAGGAUCAGAGAGAGGUCACAGAAAUUAUGCUUCUGUGCCCGGGAGCGUGAACCUGACUGAUUACUGUCUUUCCACCCCUGAUUUAUAUAUCACUCUGGAAUCCAGGGCCAUUAAGGACAAUUAAUGGCUUCAAUAAAAUAUCUGCAGUCAUGUUUACUGGUAGAUCAUAGUUCCAGAGGAGCUGAGUAAGAUUCUGACAAAAGAAGCAACAUUUCCUUAUGCGCCAGACCCCAGAUCUAAGUCACUGUGUUGAGGAAUCGAUGGAAGAUUACAAUCAGUCAUUAUUAUGGAUCUGAAAGGAUAUCCCCAGUUAAUUGCUGUAUUUUGAUAGAGCUGAAAAGAGCUUUGAAAGGAUUUGGCUAAGCUGAAGAUCAGGUACAAUGUGGAGAUUAAACUGAUGAGCUGUUGUCUGACUACGGCAAGCCUUGUAGAGAGAGAGUGUAUCCUUUGAUAUGGAGUAAUACCACUAAUUCAAUUUCUUCACCAGUGAAUGCUACAGUACUGUGGAUAAUUGUUGCAAAAUCUCUCGGGACUCCACUUUGUUCUUGUGGUAAUAGUUAUGCAACUUGUUCUCAAUGUGGUGAGAUCUGCUGUGACAUCAUUUCCCUGAAUGAUGUGUUGCAACCUGUGAAAAUGCCUCAAUUGAAAUGGAUCAAUACCUCUAAUACACUGUUUCCCAUGGCAAAAACCAGAGUUAUUUGCAGGUAGUUGCUGAGGUUUCAUAUUGAUGGCCUCAUUCACUUCUUUUGGAAGUAGUGAGAGAGUGAGGCAACAGCAAUUGACCGAGAUGUUUGCUGUCCAAUGUUUGGUGCCAGGACUCAUGGAGCAUGCGCCUCUUGCGUUAGCUCAGUCGUCUGUCUGGCCAUGUGCUCUGCUCUGUAACCUGCUUUGUUGGCUGGCCGGCUCACAGUGUGUUUUCUCCCCACAGCAUCGUGUCUGCAGCGCUCAGGACCAGAGCUCACACAAGGUUGCCCACUGUAGUCUGCCCAGCCUGCCCAGAGCCCUACAUACAGACGCCCAGAGACCCGUCCCAGAGACCGGAGAUGACUGCUGCCAUACCCUGCUGGCUGUCCGCCCUCACACUCGCCCUCACCCUCCUGGUCCUCUCUGCCAGGGAAGGAGCCGCUCUCUUCCUGCCCGACUCCAAUGAGCUGCGGCAGCUACUGAGCCGGUACCAGGAUGACCAGAACAGCACCGAUAACACAGCGGGCAGUAGGACGCGACGGGCCAUCCAGUGGACGGACCGUGGGGAGCUACUCCAACUGCACAACAAACUGAGGGGAGGAGUCUACCCCACCGCAUCCAACAUGGAGUACAUGGUGAGACACGCCUCCUUCCUGACAUGUACAUACUGUAGCUUUAGCUAUCAUCACCCUCACAGAUACGCUAUCAAUACACUGUAAAGAGGGUCACUAUUCACACACUACUGUAGAGCAACAACUGCUAUUACAUGUGGAAUACAUAGUGAAAGUGACGGGCUGGAGGUUGUUUCACUAGCUGGAGGCACAGAAAGAUAAUGAAUAGCAGGUGGGUGGCAGGUAGCCUAGCGGUUUGAGCGUUGGGCCAGAAAGCGAAAGGUUGCUAGUUCGAAUCCCUGAUCUGACAAGGUGAAAAAUCCCUAAUUGCUCUAGGGUUGCUGUUGAUAAUGGCAGACCCUGGCUGUGACCCUACUCUCCAAAGGUGUCUCAGGGAGAGUUGGGAUAUGCAAAAAAAAACACAUUUCCAAUUCACACUUGUGAAAUAGGACAAAUAUAAGCAAUGUAUUAAUAUUAGAUAGUACAGAGAGAUGGAGGUAAACGUCAGUCUCUGCUACUCAGGCAAUACCAAGGUCUUAUGUACACUACCGUUCAAAAGUUUGGGGUCACUUAGAAAUGUCCUUUUUUUUUGGCCCAUUAAAAUAACAUCAAAUUGAUUAGAAAUACAGUGUAGACAUUGUUCAUGUUGUAAAUGGCUAUUGUAGCUGGAAACUGCUGAUUUUUAAUGGAAUAUCUACAUAGGCGUACAGAGGCCCAUUAUCAGCAACCAUCAGUCCUGUGUUCCAAUUGCACGUUGUGUUUGCUAAUCCUAGUAUAUCAUUUUAAAAGGCUAAUUGAUCAUUAGAAAACCCUUUUGCAAUUAUGUUAGCAACAGCUGAAAACUGUUGUGCUGAUUAAAGAAGCAAUAAAACUGGCUUUCUUGAGACUAGUUGAGUAUCUGGAGCAUCAGCAAUUUUGGUUUUGAUUACAGGCUCAAAAUGUCCAGAAACAAAUAACUUAUUCUGAAACUCGUCAGUCUAUUCUUGUUCUGAGAAAUGAAGGCUAUUACAUGUGAGUAAUUGUCAAGAUACUGAAGAUCUCGUACAACGCUGUGUACUACUCCCUUCACGGAACAGUGCAAACUGUCUCUAACCAGAAUAGAAAGAUGAGUGGGAGGCCCCGGUGCACAACUGAGCAAGAGGACAAAUACAUUAGUGUCUAGUUUGAGAAACAGACGCCUCACAGGUCCUCAACUGGCAGCUUCAUUAAAUAGUACCCGCAGAACACCAGUCUCAACGUCAACAGGGAAGAGGCGACUCCGGGAUGCUGACCUUCUAGGCAGAGUUGCAAAGAAAAAGCCAUAUCUCAGACUGGCAAAUAAAAAUAAAAUAUUAAUAUGGGCAAAAGAACACAGACACUGGACAGAGGAAGAUUGAAAAAAAGUGUUAUGGACAGACAAAUCGAAGUUUGAGGUGUUCGGAUCACAAAGAAGAACUUUGUGAGACGCAGACCAAAUGAAAAGAUGUUGGAGGAGUGCUUUAUGCCAUCUGUCAAGCAUGCUGGAGGCAAUGUGAUUGUCUGGGGGUGCUUUGAUGGUGGUAAAGUGGGAGAUUUGUACAGGGUAAAACAGAUCUUGAAGAAGGAAGGCUAUCACUCCAUUUUGCAACGCCAUGCCAUACCCUGUGGACGGCACUUGAUUGGAGCCAAUUUCCUCCUACAACAGGACAUUGACCCAAAGCACAGCUCCAAACUAUGCAAUAACUAUUUAAGGAAGAAGCAGUCAGCUGGUAUUCUGUCUAUAAUGGAGUGGCCAGCACAGUCACCGGAUCUCAACCCUAUUGAGCUGUUGUGGGAGCAGCUUGACCGUAUGGUACGUAAGAAAUGCCCAUCAAGCCAAUCCAACUUGUGUUAGGUGCUUCAGGAAGCAUGGGGUGAAAUCUCUUCAGAAUACAAAUUGACAACUAGAAUGCCAAAGGUCUGCAAGACUGUAAUUGCUGCAAAUGGAGGAUUCUUUGACGAAAGCAAAGUUUGAAGGACACAAUUAUUAUUUCAAUUAAAAAUCAUUAUUUCUAACCUUGUCAAUGACUACAUUUCCUAUUCAUUUUGUUAUAUUUCCUAUUCAAACUCAUUUCAUGUAUGUUUUCAUGGAAAACAAGGACAUUUCUAAGUGACCCCAAACUUUUGAACGGUAGUGUAUAUGGGUCAGCGAUAUAAUGUAGGUGAGUGUUUAUAGGCUCCACUUUUGAUGGGAGGGUGUUGGUUUUACUACUGUUAGGUUCUGAACAAACAAAGUAAAAACUCACGGACAACUAGAAAAAGCUCAAACUAAGUUUACAGCUGCAAAGACAAAGACAUGAUUAUGCAAGCACAUAUAUUUAUACCCUCCAACUAGGCGGAGUCAACUCCUUGCACAUCUAGACAGCCAAUACAUCUCUGUUGCUUGUCAGGAACUUAAUUGGUUCCUCUCACUGGUGUAGUCAUGGCCCUGCCUGAUGCUAGAACCUUCGUGGACGUGGAAGUAUAUGUGUGUGAAAGACAGUGGGGAAAAAAAGUAUUUAGUCAGCCACCAAUUGUGCAAGUUCUCCCACUUAAAAAGAUGAGAGAGGCCAGAACAUCACAUUGUAGGAUUUUUUAUGAAUUUAUUUGCAAAUUAUGGUGGAAAAUAAGUAUUUGGUCACCUACAAACAAGCAAGAUUUCUGGCUCUCACAGACCUGUAACUUCUUCUUUAAGUGGCUCCUCUGUCCUCCACUCGUUACCUGUAUUAAUGGCACCUGUUUGAACUUGUUAUCAGUAUAAAAGACACCUGUCCACAACCUCAAACAGCCACACUCCAAACUCCACUAUGGCCAAGACCAAAGAGCUGUCAAAGGACACCAUAAACAAAAUUGUAGACCUGCACCAGGCUGGGAAGACUGAAUCUGCAAUAGGUAAGCAGCUUGGUUUGAAGACAUCAACUGUGGGAGCAAUUAUUAGGAAAUGGAAGACAUACAAGACCACUGAUAAUCUCCCUCGAUCUGGGGCUCCACGCAAGAUCUCACCCUGUGGGGUCAAAAUGAUCACAAGAACGGUGAGCAAAAAUCCCAGAACCACACGGGGGACCUAGUGAAUGACCUGCAGAGAGCUGGGACCAAAGUAACAAAGCCUACCAUCAGUAACACACUACGCCGCCAGGGACUCAAAUCCUGCAGUGCCAGACGUGUCCCCCUGCUUAAGCCAGUACAUUUCCAGGCCCAUCUGAAGUUUGCUAGAGUGCAUUUGGAUGAUCCAGAAGAGGAUUGGGAGAAUGUUAUAUGGUCAGAUGAAACCAAAAUAUAACUUUUUGGUAAAAACUCAACUCGUCGUGUUUGGAGGACAAAGAAUGCUGAGUUGCAUCCAAAGAACACCAUACCUAUUGUGAAGCAUGGGGGUGGAAACAUCAUGCUUUGGGGCUGUUUUUCUGCAAAGGGACCAGGACGACUGAUCUGUGUAAAGGAAAGAAUGAAUGGGGCCAUGUAUCGUGAGAUUUUGAGUGAAAAUCUCCAUCAGCAAGGGCAUUGAAGAUGAAACGUGGCUGGGUCUUUCAGCAUGACAAUGAUCCCAAACACACCGCCCGGGCAACGAAGGAGUGGCUUCGUAAGAAGCAUUUCAAGGUCCUGGAGUGGCCUAGCCAGUCUCCAGAUCUCAACCCCAUAGUAAAUCUUUGGAGGGAGUUGAAAGUCCGUGUUGCCCAGCGACAGCCCCAAAACAUCACUGCUCUAGAGGAGAUCUGCAUGGAGGAAUGGGCCAAAAUACCAGCAACAGUGUGUGAAAACCUUGUGAAGACUUACAGAAAACGUUUGACCUGUGUCAUUGCCAACAAAGGGUAUAUAACAAAGUAUUGAGAAACUUUUGUUAUUGACCAAAUACUUAUUUUCCACCAUAAUUUGCAAGUAAAUUCAUAAAAAAUCCUACAAUGUGAUUUUCAGGAAUUCUUUUUCUCAUUUUGUCUGUCAUAGUUGACAUGUACCUAUGAUGAAAAUUACAGGCCUCUCUCAUCUUUUUAAGUGGGAGAACUUGCACAAUUGGUGGCUGACUAAAUACUUUUUUCCCCACUGUAGGACUGUUCCUUCUCACUUCAUCUGACCUGACCUCGGGCCGACUUCCUCGCUCCUCCCUAAUCCGCAACUGUCCUACCUUAUCAGUGACUGAAACCAGACUGUUUGCCCUUUGCCUCCCUCCUUAGGAGCCAUACUUUUUAAUACUACCAUGUUUUGACAGAAUGUAAACUUUCUGCACUCCCCCUUGUCUCACUCAGUAACUUUCCCUACAUUAUACAUAUAAAGUAAUCAAUAAGUUCUAGUAUGGUAACAUGAAAAAGUAUAUUUCUAGCUAGAACCCAACACUAAAACAAUCUUCUCUCCUGGAAAAGAUGAGCUCAUGGUGGUCAGCUGCUGGCAGCCUGGAGAGGAGCUGGCUUACUGGGAGGAUAAUUACACUGACUCUACACUACCUGCUGGGAGCCAGACACUGCAGAGAGGGGUGAAUGAGGACAGGGUAGGCCAGCGGAGGACAGAGAGAACGAGGAAGGCCAGAGUGGCCAGUGGAGGAGAAACAGAGUGCUACAUGAAGGAGGGAUGGAUAGAGUGGGAAGGGGACUGUGUAGAAGAGAGCAAGAAAGAGAGAGCACUGAAUGUUAUUGAGAGGGAUAGUGUUUAUGGAAUGUGGUGACUGGGUAAGAGGGUGUGCUGAGGUUAAGGUGAAUAUAGUUUAGAUGGACAGACUCGGGGGGGAUUGUGGUUUAUGUAGUACAGAUGUAGUACUGACAGUGUGGUGUCUUCUCUGUGUGACUGUGGUGUGGUCUGGCGAGAGAGGAAGGGACAUGAAGUCUCCCUCUGCCCUGCUCUUCUGUUCUCCUGCCAGGCCUCAGCCAACAAGCCUGGAUCUGAGGACAGGACUGGGGGUAUAGCUGAGCUGGCAUAGUCAUGGGCAUGUAUAUGUAUGUGUGUGUAUUUGUAUGUGUGGUGGUGGUGACCACCAAGGGCCUGGAAAUGUACUGAGGAGAGAAACUGUGAGGUGCCACACUGUACCAGUCCUCUCCUCCCCCUCCUCCCCCAUAUCCUAGUGGUGAGAGUGGUGGCAGAGAUGAGGUGAAUCCCUCCUUUCCACCCUCUUUUCCACAGGUAGAGAGAGAAACCCGCUCAGGAAAUAUGCCUAAUUCAGCUGUGAUUGCUGGGGAUUUGUAGUGGAGCGAGGCCAGGCACUGCUCCACUCAGAUGUCCUGGGCUAAAGCUAAUGUUUUACUUGUACCCAACUCAAUUUCAGCUCCCUGGGAAGGAAGAGGGGGAGCAGAGGCCUAAAAAGGUAGCUAGCGGUUAGGUAGGUAGCUAUGAGGAGACAAGAGGAGCAUUAUUAUACUGAGGGGAUCUACCUGGGGGCCUGAUAUUAAAGAAGCUGGGCUAAGUCUAGCUGUGGUGAUGGUCACAGAUAAAGGUCGUUUUGAUGGGUCUGUCGCAGUGUUCACUGAUCAUAUGUUGUAGUGUGUCACAGGAAUGUGAACCCCUUUGCUGUCAAUAAUGUUACUGAAAGGUGUGAGUUAUAGUGUUACAACAUUGUUCUAACAGUGUUAUUUGUGUGUUUCCAGGUCUGGGAUGAUGAGCUGGAGAGGUCAGCCACUCACUGGGCAGAGGAAUGCCAGUGGGAACAUGGACCUAAGGACCUGCUCAUGUCAAUCGGUCAGAACCUCGCUGUUCACUGGGGCAGGUAAGACAAUAUGAGACACAUGCAUGUACACGUCACACACACACACACACACACACACUUUGUGCUUUGUGCUGUCUGCUACUGAGUAUAUGUGAGUCUGUAGUGUGGCUGUUGUGAGUGAAUGUACACUGAGUGGACAAAACAUUAUGAACACCUGCUCUUUCCAUGACAGACUGACCAGGUGAAUCCAGGUGAAAGCUCUGAUCCCUAAUUGAUGUCACAUGUUAAAUCCACUUCAAUCAGUGUAGCUGAAGGGGAGAAGACAGGUUAAAGAAGGAUUUGUAUGCCUUGAGACAGUUGAGACAUAGAUUGUGUAUGUGUGCCAUUCAGAUGGUGAAUUGGCAAGACAAAAUAUUUAAGUGCCUUUGAACAGGGUAUGAUAGUAGGAGCCAGGCGCAACGGUUUGUGGCAACAACUGCAUCACUGCUGGGUUUUUCAUGCUCAACAGUUUCAACAGUGUGUAUCAAGAAUGGUCCACCACCCAAAGGACAUCCAGCCAACGUUUGGAUGCAUACAGGAGGGUGGCUCCCGCUCAGCCCAGUCCAAGCUCUUCUCUGUCCUGGCACCCUAAUGGUGCAACCAGCUUCCCCCUGAAGCUAGGACAGCAGAGUCCAUGCCCAUCUUCCGAAAACAACUGAAACCCUACCUCUUCAAACAGUGUCCCAAUAAUCCUAAAAAAUGUCAAAUGUUAAAACAUGGGCCAGCAUCCUUGUGGAACGCUUUCUACACCUUGUAGAAUCCAUGCCACGACAAAUUGAGGCUGUUCUGAGGGCAAAAGGUUGGGGUGGGGGGAGUGCAACUCAUUAUUAGGAAGGUGUUCUUAAUGUUUGGUAUACUCAGUGUAGGUAUUUGUGCUGUGUGUGUGUUCAGAGCAUUGCUGAGAGUGGGUGUCACGACUUCCGCCGAGGCUGCCUCCCCUCCUUGUUUUGGCGUUCGUCGUCACCGGCUUACUAGCUACUGCCGCUCCCAUUCUCAUCACUCCACUUGUCUUGUCUUGUCAAUCACACACCUGGUGCUCAUCCCCUAAUUAGUCUGUGUAUAAGUGUUCCCUCUGCCCCCUUGUCUUUGUGAGUGAUUGUUCUAUGUGGGAGGAGAGUAGCUCGGUUGAGAUACUCUCUCAUUUAAUUUGCCAGGGUUGAUUUUCCCCUGUGUCAUUACAUUUAUUGUAUUUUCUGAGAUUGUGUUUGGUCAGGAAGGAUUGUUUCCCCUGUACCUGUUUCGAUUGCAGUUGUAGGCGCAUUGUAUGUCUGGAUGGAAUAAAUUCUGCAUCCGGUUAUUUUACUCCUGCGCCUGACUCCGUCCAUCAUUCACCACAGUGGGGCUCUUUGUGUAUGACAGUGGAGGGCUCCCUCAGCAGGUGCCAUUCCAUGAAUCCACUCGCUCGCGUUCUCACAACCCCCCUCCCUCUCUCCAUCUCUCCCCCUCUCCCUUUCUCUCUCUUCUGAUGCCAGCACCGGCUAGGGCUGUUUUUCUCCCUCUCCGCUGCCAGUUUGUAGUCUCAGCACAUUUCAAUACCGUAGAAAGAGAUGUUUACAAUAAAGGGCCAUAAUUGAUUCGUCAGGCUGUGGAGCCCUGUUUAGUUUUUGUAAUUUUUUCUCAGCAUGUCUCGAGUUCCCCAGUGUUGGAGGGAAACAGACUGAGUGUGUCUGUGUGUCUGCUGGGUCAGAACCGGACUAAUCAGUGGAGGCCAGAGGGGAGCCUGAGGGGAGGCUGGUGUAGAGCGUCUCAAGCCCAGCCAAAGCACCUGUCAGCCCCCUCAGAUAUUCCCCAUGUGGCCCUGGCAGCUGGAGGUCCUCCUGUAUGAGCUCUCUGUGCUGCUGAGGCUGAUGCUGCUCCCUCUGUGUCUGCAGGUACCGCUCCCCAGCCAACCACGUCCAGGCCUGGUAUGAUGAGGUGAAGGACUACACUUACCCCUACCAACAUGAGUGCAACCCCUGGUGUCCCGACCGCUGCUCAGGGCCUAUGUGCACCCACUACACCCAGGUGAGUCAUGGCUGGGGGAGAGUCAUAGCUGGGGGAGAGUCAUGGCUGGGGGAGAGUCAUGGCUGGGGGAGAGUCAUGGCUGGGGGAGAGUCAUGGCUGGGGAUCUGAAUUUGGAGCUUUGAGUUCAUGAGUACUUCCCUCAACAGUUCCUCCAUGAACAGCAAACCACAUUUGGAUCUAAUUCCAUAUUAAAUUGUAUUUCUACAGGUUUCCUUUGAACUAAUGUAGAUGAUCUGUGUAUGAGCCUGUGCAGUGUUCAAGGUCACAUGUUUCCUCCCUACCAUCAGUAUCUAAUGGACAGCACGUGACUUCUAAAGGUGUUGCUGCUGCAGGUAUUCAGGUCCUGUGUAAAAACAACAUGUGGCCUGCAGCCUCUUCAAUGGGUGUCCAUUAACUAAAAACAGUGUGGACCAUAUGGGGGCGCAGUAGUGUAGUGACAGGGAGAAGUUAUGUGCUGCCUCAGGACCAUUAAACCAUCACAGUAGAGAGGGUGAAACAAAGGGGAAGAAAGAGGGAUAAACAGAGAGGGGAAGAGAGGGACAAGAUGGGGAUGAAGAGGGAGAAUUGGCUUCCUCUCCCCAUAGACUUUACUUUGUAGCUGGGAUGGGUUUGUGAAAACAGCCUGACCCGUUCUCCUGCAUCAGCGUACUUCACACGGGAAACCAGGUCACUAGCAUCUGGAAACACUUCCCAGACACACCAAUCAUCUCUGUGUUUGACCUGGAUUCCUUUGAAGAUGCAGGAAUGCGGGGAACAAUGCCAUGUCUGAACACCCUCUCCUUGUUUCUGCCUUUUAUUUCCUAGGAAUGCUAGCGUAGCGUAGCAUAGUUGGGGUCCAAUCCCUACCAUAACACUGCUAAGCUAGGUUAUGCUAGCCCCUCCGGGUCAGUAUCCUCACAGUCUCUCUCUGGGAUGACACAGAGCUUUACCACAGGCUCCAGCCCUCAUCAUCACACCUCUGUGUAUGCUGUAGUGGUGUAGCAGUGUGGUGUCUAUGCUGAGUCAUUGUCUCUAAGUCAAUACUGCCUGUGGCCUCUCACUGGCCCAGGAAAGGGAAACACAUUCCUGAAAGAGAGGGGGGAGGAGUGAGAGUCAGAGAGAGAGAGAAAGAGAGAGGGGUACAGUGGGAAAGAGUGGUAGUGGAGUCAUGGAACAAGCUCUCAGUAGUAGGACUGCCUCAGUCUCAAAUCCGUAGGUGCUGCCUGUAGCUUUACAUUUAAGUUGUUUUUUUUCUUCGACUUUGUAUUACUGUAAUACUUGUUAUUUUUUUACUUUUGCAUUUGGCAUUUGAUUCUUCAUUGAUACUGUUAUUGUACUGUUGAGAGUUACCAAGCAAGCAUUUCACUGUACCGUGUGCACGUGACCAAAAAACUUUGAUUUGAUUUGAUUUAACAACCUCUCCAUAUUGACAGAGGAAGUGGGCCUGUCCAGAGUUCUCUUUAUUCGCUCCGAGCCACUGCCAGAAAAUGUCUUUACCUGACUAAACUGGAUCAUGAGAAUGAUCACAGAAUGUCGCAGGAAACAAACUGUGGUCACACUCGUCGUCUAUCUCCUUCCUCUGACUGGGGCCGAAUGAAAGAGCAGCCUCUUCUAAGGGCCCUUGUGGCCCCAUCAAUCUAUCUGCCUCCAGCAUCCCAGCAUGGGAGCCACUUCCUAUGGCAGGAAUGAGGGAUCUAUGAGGGGCGAGAGAGAUGAGUGAGAAAAGAGAGAAAAAGAGAGAGAGAGGUCUACAGUAACAUGGUGCUUCCUACUAAUGUGUCUGUGAGGCUCUUUCUCAGACCUCCAUAGCCACCCAUGACAGGCCCUUUCAAAGGCUGCAGGGCUCCAAAUCAUUUUAGCUAGUAGAGUUGUCUGCAAUGUUAUGUGGAGCUGAGGAACUGUAUCAGUGGAGAUGGACGUGUGGUCACAGAAAGAACAACAAGUCAGCAAUGCGAAUGUCCUUUUAUAAUAACAAUGUUAAUGGAAGUGUUGACUUAUUUGCAGCUGGUCUGGGCCACCACUAGUCGUGUGGGGUGUGCAGUGCACGUGUGUCCCAGGAUGAACGUGUGGGGGGAGAUCUGGGAGAACGCUGUUUACCUCGUCUGUAACUACUCCCCCAAGUAAGACCAACUCGCUAACGCUUCUCUCCACCACUCAUUCACACGUCACGUCUCCUGUGUUCUAUUUUACAUACUUCAUACCACCAUGGGGUGUUUACCCAAUACCACAUGCUUUUGAGGGCACAUGUAAGGAUAUUAAUUUGUCUGUCUAAUUGUACAGUUAAAGUGUCUGUCUAAGAAGUAUUUCAUGACACAUUGAGGCCAUGCCGAAAUUCCAGCAGAAGUUUGAAUAGAAAAAGAAUAAAGGAAGGGGAAAGAAAAACAGGUCCUAAGCAGACUCUGUUCCAGACAGACCUAAUUUAAUUUCCAGAGGACCAGUGGGAUUGUUUUCAUUAUCCAGCUGGACUCAGGGUUUUAAGAGUGUGUGAUAAUGUGCAAAGGGCACGUGAAUAAUUAUAAAGCCAUGUGCCCGGUGACGGCUGAGUGCUGAUUAGUUUUCAGCCAGUCAUCCUGACCACUGUGCUCCUUCCUGUUCCCCAGGGGAAACUGGAUCGGAGAGGCCCCUUACCAACAUGGCCGCCCAUGCUCCCAGUGCCCUCCUAGCUACGGAGGAAGCUGCAGGGACAACCUCUGCUUCAAGGGAGACUCCCAGCGUUCUGAGACUGAGGACAUGAACGAGGUGGAGAAAGCUCAGAUUCCCAUGUCACCCCGCACUACCGCCAAGCCUGUCCCCAGACCCAAACCCAAGCCUGCUGCUCCCAAGAAGCCCUCCACUCCCAAGGCUCCCACCAGCACUUUCCUGGGUGAGUUUGACUAGUGGGAAUUGUGGUUGGGGGCUUUCAGAGUUGACUGUUUGAAUGUACUGUAUGGGAAGGAAUGCUACUGAGAUCCCUAAUUGUCCAGUAAUUGAUUUGUCUCCCAUAGCUCAAAACAUCAAGUGUGAAACCAAAAUGCGAGACAAGUGCAAGGGAGCAGCCUGCAACAGAUUCAACUGCCCUGCUAACUGCCAGAACAAGAAGGGGAAAGUGUGGGGGACGCUCUUCUAUGAUGUGGUGAGUCUCACACUGAGGUUCAACAUUUAACACUAUACAUUUUGAAUGCCUGAAUGUGUUUCUGAGGAUUAUUUUUUCUAUUUUUCCAGCAAUCAAGUAUCUGUCGUGCUGCUAUGCACUACGGCAUCAUUAAUAACAAUGGUGGUCUGGUGGACACCACAAGGAAAGACAAGUUUCCAUUCUUCGUCAAGGCAACAAAGAACGGCAUUGAGUCAUUCAGGUAGAUAUUUCUGGUAGUCUUGAUUCUCUGUCAUCAUUCUGCCUGCUAUGCUCAUUUGUGUUUUGUGAAAUUAAUGAUAUACUGAAAUGUAAUGGUCUUCUAAUGCCUGGCUUUGAUCUCUUGACAGUAAAUACAAAGCCGGCAAUGCAUUUGUGGUGGCCAAAGUGGAAAGUAAGUCAAACUGUGUUUUUCCAGAAUAAGUGGAGCACACCCUUGUUUUUAGCUUCUUCACCUGAUGACUUUUGCAGCUGUUGAUGGUGUAUGUCUCCUCUCUGUGCCACAGGACAGUCAGUGGACUGCUAUGCCACCAUGGUGGAGAUCUGCCCCUUCAAGAAGCCCUACUCCAACUGCCCAAGGUGGCUAGCUCCUCUCCCCCCACAAUGUUUCACACGCACAACAAGCAGUGAUGACUUGGGAAUAAUUAGUCAGAUUCCUGCUCUGGGCCAAAUGUUUUAAACCUCCAUUACAAAACCACUGGAAUCUCCUAAACAUGCAGACUCUGCUAGAAGCAGUUGUGGAAAAAGUACUUGAGUAAAAGUAAAGAUACCUUAACAGAAAAUGACUCAAGUAAUAAUAAUAUAAUAAUAAUAUAAAUAUAAUAUAUAAUAAUAAUAAUAUGCCAUUUAGCAGACGCUUUUAUCCAAAGCGACUUACAGUCGUGCGUGCAUACAUUUUUGUGUAUGGGUGGUCCCGGGGAUCGAACCCACUACCUUGGCGUUACAAGCGCCGUGCUCUACCAGCUGAGCUACAGAGGACCACAAGUAAAAGUGAAAGUCACCCAGUAAAAUACUACUUGAGUAAAAGUCUAAAAGUAUUUGGUUUUAAAUAUACUUAAGUAUUACAUUUACAUUUACGUCAUUUAGCAGAUACUCUUAUCCAGAGCGACUUACAAAUUGGUGCAUUCAGCUUAUGAUAGCCAGUGGGACAACCACUUAUUUAUUUGUAUUUGUUUAAUGGGGAGGGGGGAUAGAAGGAUAACUUUUAUACUAUUCCAGGUAUUCCUUAAAGAGGUAGGGUUUCGAGUGUCUCCGGAAAGUGGUCAGUGACUCCGCUGUCCUGGCGUCGUGGGGGAGCUUGUUCCACCAUUGGGGUGCCAGAGCAGCGAAUAGUUUUGAAAGUAUCAAAAGUAAAUGUAAUUGCUAAAAUAUACUUAAGUAUCAAAAGUAAAAGUAUCAAUCAUUUCUAAUUCCUUAUAUAAAGCAAACCAGACGGCACCAUUUUCUUGUUUUUUUAAUUUACGGAUAGCCAGGGGCAUGCUCCAUCACUUAGACAUCAGUUACAAAUGAAGCAUGUGUUUAGUGAGUCUGCCAGAUCAGAGGCAGAAGGGAUGACCAGGGAUGUUCUCUUGAUUUGUGUGUGAAUUAGACAAUUUUCCUGCCCUGCUAAGCAUUCAAAAUGAAACAAGUACUUUUGGGUGUGAGGGAAAAUGUCUGGAGUAAAAAGUACAUUAUUUUCUUUAGGAAUGUAGUGAAGUAAAAGUUGUCAAAAAUAUAAAUAGUAAAGUAAAGUACAGAUACACAAAAAAAAUACUUAUGUAGUACUUUCAAGUAUUUUUACUUAAGUACUUUACACUACUGGCUAGAAGAAAGUGUCAGUCUUUCCUCUGUUCUACAGAAGUUCUACAGAAAAUGUGUCAGGGUUAUUCAUAACAUGACAUACAUUACAUUUAGCUAAAUGGCAAAUUCUUGCGUGAAUUCCUGCGUUUAAACCAUGGGUCUGCCCAUUCAAUUGUAUUUCUCUAUAAUAAUGCAUUCUCAAUGUGUCUCUUCCUCAGAGUGUUCUGUCCGGCCAACUGCAAGAACGAGCCAUCCUACUGGGCCCCAGUGGUUGGGAACAGCUUCUACACAGAUGUAAGUACUGGACCUAGUCACUGGGUAUACCAGAAUGGCCUCACCAUGCCUGUCCUGUCCUCCUGACCAUGCUGAAAGCCUGAGAGGUCAUACUGACAGAGGUCAACCAGUUCGUCCCCACUGGGCCUGCCAGACAGAUACACCUCAGUGUGUCUGCUCCCCAGAGAACUAUAUCUGACUGGAACACUGACCUGAUUUAUGUUGGACAGCAGAUGAGUGCGGUCUAGCCCCGUCGAGCACUUAAGAGACUGUGGCCUGAGGCGACCACGAGCUUCUGAAUAGCAGUGUGAACACAGUCGGAAUGGGAGCAUUGGUGAUGCAGGCCUGGUAACGGUCGGUAGUAAUGUCUCUCCCAGUGCUGGGUUCGACCACACACAGCUGCUCAGCCCUGGCUGACUGGCUGAUUCAUAACUGGCCCAGAAAUUGCAUGCCUGAGGUCGGAGGCAUGGUGCUGUGUCAGGAGAGGGCUUUAGGACCAGUCUCAGAGAGGGAGGAGCAGUGGGACACACCUCUGUUAUUGUCACAUCACCUCUGUCACUCCCUAAUGACCUCAGGGCAAAUCUCAAAUGGUACACUAUACUCCAUACAGUGUGCUACCUUGACCAGAGACACAUACGGCUCUAGUGACAAGGAGUGCACUAUAUAGAGAAUAAGAUGCCAUUGGAGACACGGAAUCUGUCAUUCUAAAAUCACCUCUGGCCUAAAUUGCAAGUUGCAUGUAUAAGCUGAUGUGAGACUGCAGUGGAUGAAAGGAGUGAAACAAAUAACUAUGCUGCCCUGGGGACCAUUUCUGGACCUAAAUUGGCCCAGUUACAUGAAGUUGAUGUUUUCUUGCCUCGAAUGAACUUGUUGACUCGUGUUUUUCCCCAACAUUAUUUCAUUUAGAUGUAGUCCAACUGGACACAUCAGUUUCCCAGAGAUCUCAAACAGGGCCUAAAGGCUGUUUUUUUUUAAGGGCAAAGCCUGAUUCUGACACUUAAACACUCACAGUGCCAACACGCAGCAAAACACAGGAGAAGGAGAAGUGCAGGUCUAUAUUGACAUGACAGAAGACACCAGACCGGUUCACCAGACACCAGGGAAUGUGGCCUGUGUUGGGCUAGACUAGUGUGAUGGAGUAUGAUGAAUGAGCCUUCCAGGUUAGUGAUAAGGACCCAGGGUCUGACACACGCUGGAGCCAGACUCAAUGCCUCAGACUGGGGGACAGGAGGCACCAUGCCCUGCCUCAGAACCAUGUGUGGCGUGAACAGCUCUCUACUGCUGUCUGUCAUCUGUAAUCCAGAGUGGGGCAGCGGUUUACAUCCUGAUAAUGAUGUGCCUGGCUUCGGCCUUGCUAAUGUCAUGCAUGUGUACAUGUACAUGAUUUGUACAUAUUGAAUGCUCUGGAAACUGAUACAUUGACUGUAUUUGGUGUGGCUCAGUACACUGUAUGUGCCUGUACUGUACCUAAUAACAGAAGCAUUACUGAUAUAGUGAAAUUGAAUAAUCAUGAUUGCUGUAUCUGAUAUCAUGAGAGGUACAAUGAACCCUCUCUUCUUAUCCCCCCUCUCCCUCAGAGCUCCAGUAUCUGCCGAGCAGCCAUCCAUGCCGGGGUGAUCCAAGCCGGUGGGGGCUAUGUGGAUGUCCUGGCCCUGGAUAAGAAGAAGAGCUACGUUGGCGUCCUGAAGAACGGCAUCCAGUCAGAGAGGUGGGUGCCUGCUCUACCCUCCUCUUCCCCUGUACAAUACCCCUCCCUGCCCUCACCCUACCCUCCCCUCGCCCACCCCUCCCCUGUCAGGCAGUAGCCAGGCCCAGAGAUCUAGGGCUCAAGAACGGAUGCCAUUGCCGCCAAGUCCAUGUUUGGCACGCAGGGGUGCAAGACUAAUGGUGUGGUUUGGUGUGCGGACGGCCCACACAUGAACUCUUUGCUUACUUUACCCCGACAUUCAAUGGAGUGUGCAAAGUGCUGCAUGGCCAAAUUCAGCUGAGCUAGAGUACAGUGAAAUUUAAUGCUGAAAUCAAGAGCCCCCUCACUGGGAGCCUCACCUUAACCUUAGUGUGAGUGAGUGAGGACAUCGGCUGUCAGUAACAGGGCACAGAGAACAGUAUGGUAUUACAACCAUGGCCAUCAACAGUCAUUCUCUGAUGUGAUAGAAACUGACCCAGAGGUUGACUUCUGUCCAAGUGAUGACCCAACUGUUAGGAAGUGGGGGGUACAUGUUGCUGGCUGGGUGAACAGGCCUUUAUUAAGGAGGAAAUAAUCACAGCCUAUCCAUUUACCCGGGGAUGGAAAAGCUGUCGGCGGCUGACUCAGUGGUUCCCUAUGCAGAUAAUUGCAGCCAAUCUGAUGCCAAUGGGAUGGGCAUCAUCCUGACAUUACUGAGCAUGGCAGGUCUUCAAGGCCUCUCCACUAAUGAAUUAAUAACAAAGCCAUCAGGCCCAGCACAAGAUUCAAUAGUGGUUGUUGGAAAGGUCAGUCAGUCACUAACAGCAUGGUUAACAAUGAGCCAGUGUUGGGGGAUUGGAAGUAAUGCAGACAAUUACAUUGAUAGAAGUUACAAUCUAUCUGCAAUAUUAAGCUGAUCCACCCCCCCCCAAAUUUUUUUUAACAAAAUUAAAAAAUACAAUAAAAAAUAUUUUUUUAACAAACAAUAAAAAACAAUGAGCCAGUGUUUGAGUCAUGUUUCCAGAUACGUCCACCGUGAUUACUCUACUCUUACUGUAGGAUGUCAUGAGCAACAGGCUGACUUGAAUUGGAGCCACACGCGAACAAUGAAAAAAAUAAAUUGGGUCCACAAAACAACUGACUGACUUGACAGCAAUAUGGUUUCUAUUCUCUUCGUUUUCCUUAGAUUUAUGUCACUUUGUCUUAGUAAUGAGAUGAAAGGAUGCUGGUUAACUGUUUGAGUUCAUGAAUGAAUGCUCAAGGUAACCGUCUCUCUCACUUCUCUUUUGCAGUAAAAGCAAUCCAGUGGGUGGCUCGUUCCGUGUCUUUGCUGUGAGGGAGUGAAUAUCCUCCAUCUCAGGGCCUCCCACUCAUUGGUUCAGGGACUAACAAGGUCCCCCAUCUGCUCUCAAGGGGCAGAAAGUGCCCACAGGUUCGAUGCCAUGGCAACUCCUCCCAUCUGUCUCUGUUCCCCACCCUGGGAGGAAGCAGAACUUCCCAUUGGACCUACAGACACUUCUCCCUCUUAGCUAAUAAACAGUAGCUAACUGCUCAAAGUCGGUGGCUAACAUCACAAAGGACCCUUCUGUCUUCUCCUACCCUUCUCACCUUUAAACUCCAGAUGUGGAUAUUUUUGUAAGAUACACAAGCAGUAAAUGCAAAAUGAUGUGUAACAUCAAAGACCUAUAGAACAGCUGGUGCUGGAUCUCUGUGUCUUGACAUGUAGUUAGGUUUCAAAUCAAAUAUGUCAUAUUUGUUUAUAUUUUAUGUUCUUAAUACAAAAGUGAAUCAUUGGUCUCCAUACACAGGAAUGUAUAUUGAUCACUGUAUCAAAUCAUUCUGUACAGAUUUAAUUACUUUUUAAAUUUUUCUUAAAUGGGUGUAUAUUGACAGUUUUAUAUGUGUUCAUAAUGUAUUUUGUAUCUUGUCUCCGCUUUCCUAACCCAUUUAUGCUUUCAUCCUGGUCUUUACCUUUGUGGCGGAUAGGCCAUGGUGCUUGAGUUAGGAGAGGAUCUGUGUUUGGCAUGCUGGACGAGCUCACAGUGG